AUGAAGAUCCUCAAUUGGAAUUGUCGGGGUUUGAGCAGCCCGCGCGCAAUUCCGAACUUGCGAAAGAUUGCUCAGCAACAGGAGCCUGAUAUCAUCUUCCUAUCGGAAACGUUAGCUCGUGUUGAUAAACUAGAGUCACUUCGUAUUGCCUUGAAGUUUGAAGCUUGUUUUACGGUUGACGUCGAAGGGCGGAGUGGUGGACUGGCUGUUUUGUGGAAACAUGCUGCUAUAUGUAGUAUUUUAAAUUUCUCUCGGAACUUUAUCAAUGUUUUGGUGCAAGAGGAUGGCAAAGAGGAUUGGAGAAUUACUUCUUAUUAUGGAUACCCGGAAAGAAGCCGUAGACAACUUGCGUGGGAUUUACUCCGUAAUCUCCAUGGAAUGUCUGCUAUCCCGUGGUGUAUUAUCGGAGACUUUAAUGAUCUAUUGUCGCAAGAGGAUAAAUAUGGCUUGCACCCGCAUCCAAACUCGCUGUGUGAUGGAUUUCGCCAGGCUGUUACUGAUUGUAACCUUGUGGACAUGCCCCUUAUUGGCCAUCAGUUUACGUGGAUAAAAAGUCGAGGUACCAAUCAUGUUAUCGAAGAAAGGCUUGAUAGAGCUUUAGCUUCGCAAGAGUGGUUGCUCCUUCAUCCGCAAGCUACCUUAACUAACCUCCUGGCUUCUCACUCCGAUCAUAGUCCGAUUUUAUUGGAUAGUGAACCUCAACAACGGAGUCGCAAGAAUUUUCAGUUUCGGUUCGAGAAUAAGUGGCUGUUGGAAGAUGAUAUUAAAGAAGUUGUCCAUACGGGCUGGAGGGGUGGUGAUGAUUCUGCCUUGGAGAACUGA